UUGUGUUGCAUUUUCCAGUGCAAGUGGAGAAAUUUCAUUAAAAAUCCACUUUACAAUGUCCAUAUCCGAUUUAAAACAUACUCUUCGAAAGUAUGAAUUUCCGGCAUGUGCCAAAGAAGCGCUCAUCCGUAUCGAGCAACUGUUGGUGGGCCGAGCAGCCCCCUCGCCCAAGCAGAUGGACAUAGCAAUGGAUAUAAUAUCAGAGUUUGUGUUCUGCGAGACGGACCGCCGCGGGAGCCGGCGCGGCGCGGGCAUCAGUCCCUUGCAAGAGCUGCAGCUCAUCGACGUGAUCUGCGAGUACCUGUCGGCGUGUGCGAGCGAGACGACCAAGAACACGAUAUUCCUGUCCUUGUUCGGCGGCAUGGAGAGCCAGAGACGGCUCAAGGUGCUGAGCAUCCUGGCCAGUAUGGCUGUGUCGGCGUCCAGUACUCCGGUGCUGCUAGCGGUUGGUGUGUGGUUGCAACAGAUGGGUUGUUCCUCAUCGCAAUCGCUGCAACUUGUAGAGAACAUAAUCCGCGACCACUUCUUCUUGAACACCUCCAACCGGAUGAUGCUGAAGUCGCUGGCCACCACGGCUCCGCAGUUCGUGUCCAACUUCAUCACCGCGGUGACGGAGCUGUACAUGCACGAUAUACAGGGCACUAGGAAGAUGCCACCGAGAAAUCUGCUGGAAGUUAUUACCUGUUGGGUGUACUCCAACCCCACGCUGUGCAUGUCGGCGCAGCUAAACCCGGCGGCGCUUCCCGCCGGCGCCAUCCCGAUGGCCGCCGUCACGCCGCUCGCCGGCCUCGUGCACUGGUGCGCGCUCGCGCCCAUAUACAGCUCGGAGAACACAGAUGUGGAAAUGAUGGAAAUACAAGUGCCAAUGAAGAGAAUAAAAAUCGAGAAUGAUCACAUUCCCAAGCAAGGAGUCCCUCAAAAAACGGUGACUGAAUCAGAGUUGUACACUAAACUGCAUCUAGGGGUGCUGCACAGUUUGCGGGCCGGCAGACGCACCCACGGGCCUCCCACUGCGGUGAAUGCACAAAACUUGGUGGGGCUCACUCCACAUGUCCAAGCAUAUGCACAUAGUCUACUUAAAAGAGGGGUUAAACUACAAAAUGAUGAGAAACUACAGGACUGCCUUGACAGGAUAGGGCAAGCAGUGCAGGUGGCUCUGGCCAACGGCUGUGUGUACGGAAACAUCAGCAACCUCUUGGCGGCCUUGGACACUCUCCCUGAGAACCGCUUGCUCAGGAUAAUCAUCAAAACUCAUCAGCAAACUAUUUGACAGGCUGUUUUACAGUCUCAGUGAUCGAGACUUGUAAAUGUAUAAACUGGAGCAAUAUAGGAUAAGAUUUUUAAGGUGUAUGUGAUUUAAGUGUUUGAUAUAUGAACUUAAAAAAUGUGCUGUUACAUGAAUUGAUUUCUUUAGGAGAAAUGUUGUGAACUCAGUUUAUGAAUAAUACUAUGAAUUUGGAUCUUUAGCUAAUGUACAGAAAGAUUAAGUAGUAAAUAAAACUGUGAUUUAAGCUUAAAA